AUGGAAAGUGAACAAGGUCCAUAUGAUUGCUUCAGAAUUACAAAAGUUGGACCUUGCGAUGGUUUUGAAUCAGAUAUCGUACAUUUUCCUCUGAGCCUGAAUAAAGAUGGGGAAAAUCUUGUAAUUGAAGCAAACGGUAUACGUCUUCCUUUUGAUUUCGACGAUAAAGUAUCUGGAAACUACUCUCUGAAAAAAUUUGGAUCGUGUUUGCGCAGCAGUCGAUUCCCAGUAAUGUGGUAUGGAAAAUACCGAGUGAAGAAAAUUCUGAUACGGAACCAAGAACGAGUUGGGUGCUAUUGCACAGAAGGCACUAUUGAUCCUAAAUAAGUAUCGUUCACCAAGGAGUUGUAAUUGGUCAGUGAACUUUUAGUCACUUUUCACUGUGACUAAAAAUAGAACGCAGAAGUACUUGGAAAUUUAUUACAUGGGACCUUAUGAAUGCUUCAGAGUUAUAAAUACGGGACCUUGCGAAGGUUUUGAAUCUGAUUCAAUACGUUUUCGUCUGAAAAUGAUUAAAGAUGGAAAUACGGAUUUUAUUGAAUCAGAUGAAGUAGAAGUUCCAUUCGAUCUCGACACGAAAGUAUCUGUUAAUAUUACUAUGGAGACUUGGGAUUCUAAGGGUUGGAAUCCUCCAACAACCCAUCCUUUUGCCGAUUUUUGCAAGACUGUAAAGUCAAAGUUUCCAGAAGCGUACAAAGACAUUUCUACUGCUAUCGGACGAUCCGCGACCUGCCCCUGGGUAAAGGGAACCUACUCAAUGAAAAAGUUGGGAACGUGUUUGAGAAGUAGUAGAUUUCCAAUUAUGUAUUAUGGUAAAUACCGAGUACAUCUUAUCUUAAUACGGGAUAAAAAACGUGUCGGGUGCUUUUUUAUGGAAGGCAGAAUCGACCCAAAAUGAGAAAAAAAAGAUAAUGAAGAGUAUAUGCAUAUGUACGAGAUAAAUAAAUUGCAUUGUACAUAAUAUUCUCUAUGUGAAUUUGAAAUGAUACAAUUACACCAAUUCUG